UUUCAUCGUCUUAGAGAGUUCAUCUUCCAUGGCUAGAGAGAUGGAGAAGGCAAGGAAGGUCACCUCCCCUAAGAUCACUUCAACUAGUUCAGGUCCGAAGAGCCCGCCAAGGAACGGAGGGUCUCCACCUCAUAAGAAGAACAUCACCGAGCCACGAAGCAAAAAUGAGCAGCAGAGCUUCCGUAAGGGAGGCCCAGACUCGGCAACUCACGAUGAGAGCAGACGUCAUUCUCCAACUUCAGAAACCUCACCCAAGAAAUCGACAAAACACGAGCAACCGCUGAGCUAUUGCAGGCUUCACACCGAGGAACGAGCCAUAAGGCGAGCUGGUUACAAUUACCAGGUUGCAAGCAAGAUAAAUACCAUGGAAAUUAUUCGUAGAUUUGAGGACAAGUUAUCGCAGGUGAUGGAGGAGCGUGAGAUCAAGAUGAUGCGGAAGGAGAUGGUUCCGAAGGCCCAGCUUAUGCCAGCGUUUGACAAGCCAUUCCACCCACAGAGGUCGAGGAGGCCCCUUACCGUCCCCAAGGAGCCGAGCUUCCUGAGGCUGAAAUGCUGCAUCGGCGGAGAGUUCCAUCGCCAUUUCUGCUUCAACGGCAGCGGCGGUGCAAAGGCCAUCCAUUGAUACAACAUCGAUUAUGAUGUGUAUUUUUGCCGAUCUCGGUUAUUCUACUGCCGUGCCAUGCAUGCGUAGUAGUGUUUCAACUCUUGCUUUGCUGCCAAUCGUUUUCACGUAGCUAGUAGCGCUUUCUCUUUCUUCUUUUUCGCCCCUCUCUUCUUUUCUUGAUUUCUCUCUUCUUCUUCUUUGAAUUGCGCCACUCAAA